AAAGUUUGAUGACCACAGAUGUCAAUGGACAUAAAUUGUUGCUCUAUGUGGUAUUUUUGAAGACGAAAUUCAUAUUUCCGCGCUAAGCGAUAGUCGUUGACACGAUUUAUUUGUUUUUAUUUUGAAUAGAUUUCAAAUUUUGUUUACCAAUUGUAUUUUUUCUUCUUAAAGCAUUAUAAAAUGAAAAUCAUUGCAUCGUCCUCAAUUUAUAGAUUUUAAAGUUUGCUAUGUUCAGAGUUCAAGAAAAUGAUGAUGGCUCAACAGUUGUAUAUUGUAGCACAAGUGGAAAGCAGAUAUUUGUUCUUCAACCUGACCAUCAGCGGAGAAUACCAGAAAGGACCACCAACGUGAGAAGACCUAUAAAUGUUGUGGGACCCUCUCGCCACUCACAUUCACUCAACACUUUAGAUAAUGAAACUACGCAAGGUUACGCAUCUGAUCAAGAUAAAGAUUCUAAUGACAGCGAUAGCAAAGACGCUUUUCCAACUUUCUUUGAUGAAGAGUCAGAAGAUUAUUUCAAUGAGAGUGUUACAGACGUAGAGUUUGCAAGGUGCUUAAAUUUGGUGCCUAAAAAAACAUUUGAAAAUGAAGCAUUGAAUGAGCUACUGAAGGAGUUUCCUUUGAGGUUGCACUCUAGGAAUAGAAUAUGUCGAUCAAAAGACGAUUCCUUUGAAGAACAGAAAUAUCAAAAGCUGCCAGAUGAUCUGCCUUUAACUUCAAAUUUAGGUGUGAAGCUCCUGAAGUUGAAUGAAAAUCGCAACUUCCUUACAGAACAAAAACUGUCCCUUUCAUUAAAGAAAUGUGAUGCCUUUUGUCGUUUCCCUUUCAAUUCUCCCAACCCAGUGGAGUGCAAUUUUCCGAAACUGCGAUGUAGAGAAAAGAAGUCUUAUCCUACUUUCAUCUCAAAGGCUUCAAAGCAGGAGGCGACUCAUGUUUAUUCCUAUGGAAGGAGGCAAAGGUUAGAAAGGAUGAAGACAUUAAAAACAGGUCUCGAUAAAGAAAGUAGAAGACUGUUUCGCAUAUGCAAUUCAAAAAAAUGUUAUGUUGAAGUGAAUAGACUAGAUGAAGAUGAAAUUCAGUAUUGGCUUUCAAAGAAAACUGAGCCCAUUCUCAUCACACUUGAUGAUAGUGAUGAUGAGCUGCCCUCACUAAAAAAUAACUUAAAUAUCAAUGGAGUGAAGGUGACGGAUGUCACUAAAAUUGCUCAUCACCCAAAUGAAAUCAAAAACAAAGAUGUCAUUCCAAACAAAAAUUUAGCUGAAUCUGUUUUGCAUUCUUUGCUUGCAACUUCUUCGGGACUGGUUCGAUUGCCGAAAAACCCAAUAAAACAUUUCAACUUGGAUAAAGGUUGUAGAAAUGUGAAAGAUGAAAUUCUGGCCGAAUCUAAGGGUUGCCGAGAUUGCUAUGUCCGGUUGAGGGAUGUGUCUAAAUUUCUUUAUAAACUUAGAAAUGAAUAUUACGUGAAAUUUACUAAGAUUAGUGUUCCUUUUUAUGCAGAUUACCUUGCAUCUGUGUCACUGGUAAAACGGUUGCAAAGUAGUGGCAAAUCGGAAAAACCGAUGCGUCUCGGUAACGGACUAGUUAUUUCGGCAGUGGCUCUGGAGAAUACUGUAAAAAAAGAUGAGAUAACUCUUUUUCCUACAUCUAGAAAUAAAACAUGGGUGCCAGUUUCUUCAAAUAAAGUCCCAAUGCCAGAUUCUAAAAACAGAGCUUUGGUGCCAGCAUCACAAUUUGCCCCUUAUGUUCCAAGAACUGAAAACUCUAAAAUUGAAGGUCUUAAAAUUAUCCCAUAUAUUGACUUAACCUUGGAUAGUUCCCCAGAAAAGGACUCCAAUCCUAUUCCCACAGUGCCUAAGCAUCAGCAUGUAGCACGCCAGUUUCUUUUUCGUUGUUACGGCUGUGGCUACAAACAAAUCUUUUCCAACCAGUCUUCUUCGAGUUCCAAAGCGGCUGCAAGCCUGGUCAAGAAUGUCAUCAACGAGCACAUGCAAAAAUUCCAUUCGGUUGACGAACCCGAGGCUUACCUCUCUUCGUAUUUGGACACUUUGCGAAACUGUAGCAUCAUUGAAGCUUUUCCAGGGUACAAAGGGAAUUGAAAACUUUUCGAUUUAUAAGUGCUUCGUCUGAUCUUCUGCACUAUUCCAACCAUUGCAGGGAUGUCUGAUCUGCGUGUUCAGAUUUUAGCUUCAGCAACUGAAAUAAUAAAAAUUGCAACAGUUUGUAAGUUGUAUAAAAGGUGGAAGCUAAUUUCAGCAUACUUGUAAGAAAAGUGUUAUUUUAAUGCAACAAUUUUAACCAGCAUCUUUUAUUCAUUGAAGCAAAUACUGAGAAUGAAGCUCUUCUCUAAAAAAUUAUCAGAAUGUUAACCUUUUGUAUAAUUUUAAGUUAAUGUAGGUAAUGUUAAUAUUCAAUUUUAUGUAUAAAAAACAACAAAUUUUUUUUGUCUUAAUUUAUAUUUAAGUGCAAUGAAUCUGAUCCUAGAUGGCAGCAGAGUCAAGUUCUCUGCAGGUACAAAUCAUAGAAAAAAUAUAGCUGUUCUAUUUAAAUUAAUUCAAUCAUGCCAUGUUUCAUUUUUUUUAAAAACAUUUUAUAUUUUGUUUUUGAAAAGCAAAUUUAAUAUUGUAUACUUCAUUAUUGAUGAUAGUGUUCUUAUUUCAAAGAAAAUUAAAAUAAAAGUGGCAGAAGAAUUUAAUAAUUUGAAAGAAAUAGUUAACCAUUUUUUUUUAUGGGUGCAGAAAAAUCACCUGUUUUUAUAUGGUUUUUGAGUGACUUGUUUAUUAAUUGUAUUCUUUUUUUAUUUAUUAUUUUAAAUCUCUAUUUUGUAUAUAUGUAUUUAUUGAAAAAUUAAAUUGCCAAGAUUUAAGAUCUUAUUUCUUUUUUUAAGAACAAAUACUUCAGUGAUAAAGUUGUUAAAAAAUUAUUUAUUUCAACUUUUAAUGAAAUAAUGUAUAGUUAUAAUAUAUUAAUAUUAAAUUUUAUUGGCCUGUUUGAGAUCAGGUUUAGUUCUAUUUCAGAAAUGUGAUCUAAAUAAAUAAAUUUUUAAAAAAAAGUUAUAUACCAUGAUAUAUUUUUCAAGGAUGUACUUAAGAAGAAAAAAGUCUGACUUCAGAAAAGCAUUGAUUGUCAAUUCCAAUAUUUUAUUCCUAGUCUUCACAAUGUGCAAUACUUCCUUCUAUCUCUCUCUCUCUCUGUUUCUCAUUGAAUAAUAUGAAGGAGCUGUUUAAAUAUUAUGAAAGCACAAAAGCUGGGGAAGGAAAAACAAUUAAAGUGUUAAUUUUUUUUCACACUAGAAAAUGUUUCAAGCUCUGAUAUCUGAAAAUCAUUACAAAAAUAUACAUGUUCUUAUUCUAAAAAUGUUCUAAUUUCAUGAAACUGGUUUUAAGUACUAAUUAUAAAUAAUAAAAAAAAUCAAUUCAUAUAUGGUUCAUUAUAGUGUUUCUUAUUGACUUUUGGAGUUCUUAAAGAUUGUUCUUUAAAAAUUCUUUGUUCCUGUAAAAUAAUGCUUUUUAUGUUACUUUCAUUACUAUUUUGUGUUUGCGACAGUUAUAUAGUCGAUGUAAUCCGUCUGGCCUAACAAAAAAGAGCUUUUAAACGAGAGGUCGCUAAAUCAUGAGUACAUAAAAUGUUUACAAAUAUUUGUUUAUGUUACAUAGAUACUAGACUUAUUUUUCACAUUAAAAAGAAUUAGGAAACUAGUAUGUAAUGAAAUGACAAUAAUGCAGUUUUUUUUUUAUGUCAAUUCAAAAAUGUAAAAAUCUUGUCAUAUUAGCAAUUUUUUUAACAAGUUAGAUGAUUUUUUUUCAAAUAUCGAAACCAUUUGUCCAUUUUUAAGUUCAGUCAAUAUUUUCAACUGAAUAUAUAUAGUUCAAAUUAAGAUUCAGUUUCAAGGCAAUCAAAUUGUGGCAUUUUUAUUUUACUUACCCUCGAAGAACACCUCUACAAUAUUCUAUUCUAUUAGUCCUAUUCUAGGUCUAUUUUUAAGGAAGUUUUUUUGCAAACUAAUUAAGACAUUUUGAAAAAUUGAUUAAUAAAAUUGAAUUUUAAGUGACGCCCAGCAAAAUAAAGUUAUAAAAAUGAUUCUCAGCAGAAAACAAAGUAAAAAACAAGUUGGAAGCUUGCAUUUUUGAUAUUUAAACUGCUCCUGAAAUGUUUUACAAUGAAACAAAUACUUUUUUUUCCCUUUUAACAUUUUUAUCUUGUUAAAAAAUAGUAACAGUACUUGUGGAGGCUGGAAGUUAAAUGUUUUAUCUAAAACAGUUUUCAUGUUUUUAAAAAUAAUUUCAAUAGCAAAAUAAAUAUUACUAAAAAAAUAUUGAUAAAGUUGGGGGGUUUUUUUUCUGUCAAAAUCAAUUUUUAAAAAAAAAAAAAAAAAAAAAAAGUAGAUGUUCAGAUGAAUCAUGAAUCUUAGUUUUACCCAGAUAAGAUUUUUUUCAGUUUCUUAUACAAGUUAUGAAAAUACGUCACAUUGAUUUUGUUAAAUUUGUUCCCGUCAUUUACUUAACAGUCUGUUGUAAAAUAGAAUUUUAAGUGCAAGUUACAUUCAUUGCUUUUUUUAAAUAAAGGAAGCAAAAGAAAGAAAAUAGCCAGUCAUACCUCAAUAAAAUUAUUAUCUGUUCAGUUGAUUACUAAAAAUAAUCUUUGCAGUGAUUGUUCCAUUUAUAAAAUAAUUACUAAAUAUUAAUGAUAAAUAGUUGAAGAUUAAGUGUUGAUUAAGAUUAUUAAUCAAUUGAAUAAUGAUGUCAUCUUGCACUUAUUUUUAUAAAUGUCGUGAAAAGAAAAUCUGAUUUUUGCUCUUUGAGUGUCAUUCUUUUACUUAAAUGCAAAUAUUUAGUCUUAAUAUAAUAAAAAUCUUGUUUUGAAAAAAGCGUGUAUUUGUGAAAGUUUCUAGAUUAGUGCAUGUUGUAGAAUUUUUAUAUACAGUUGAACACAUUUUCUUUUCACUCACUUUGUAAUUGUUUGCAUGUUAGUUUUAUUGAUAUUUUUAUAUGCUGUUGUGAUUGAGCCAAAGAGUUAUGUUUCUUUGUACAUAUUCUAUUUUAGAGUGAACAGAAGAACUCUCGAUUAUUCAGAUUUUAAACCAUAUUGUUAUGGGGAAAAAAAAUUUAUUGUAAAUGCAUUUUAAAGUGGUAGUAUCUUUAAAAAAAUUUUUUAUAGAUAUCACCUUGAUUUGUGGAAUAGUUUAAGAAGAUAUUUUCAUUUACUAUUUAUGAUUUUUUUUAUUUAUUUACUUUGGAAUUGCUUUGAUUUGGAUUUAUUGCACACUAAAAAAAUUUGAGGGAGUUUCAAGUACUAUUGACAUUUGUAAUGUAAAAGGAAAAACCGAAAAUUUCUAGCAUAAACUUAUAAAUAGCCGAUCAAAUUUAGUGUGGUAUAAAAAUCUGAAAUACAAUUAUUUCCCCUUUUUAGACUUUUAACUGUAGAGUAAAGAUGCAAGUUUUUUUUCUAUUGCCUGCUCUGUGGAGUGUGCUAAAAGACCAUUUUAACAAUUUAAAAGGAGGAGAAAAAAUGCUUUAUUACUGUGUUUUUGCCUGACAAAUUUUCUUGACUGUAAACGUUUGUAAUUAAGACAUAUCCCUUGUUUUCUACAUCAAGUUUUUAGUCAAGAAUUCCUUUUAUUUUUGUAUUUUACUUUAAAGAGAUUAUUACAUAUCCUUAUUCCCGGGGAACUAAAUUGUAGUCCUGCAGUGUACUGAUCACAAAGACAUGGUUCUCGGUAGAACACUGAAGUCAAGCAUCACUGGUGUCAGUUCAGUAAGUGGGUAAUUGACCACUUUGAUCAGCCUGCAUAGGGAUCGAGGAUGUGCAGUAUUGGUCCUCGUUAAACUUCGAGCGCGCGUCUUCGGGCUACCGAAGCAGGGGAGCCGUCUCCUCUGCAGAGGAUCGAAAUUGUGAUGACAUGUCUUCUGAUCAUCCUCUGGGAUGUUUUCCAGACUGCCGUCAAUAGCCCAUUGUGCAGCUGCCGCACGACAUAAAUAAAAUACUUGCCUAAGUUUUCACUAAAUUGUAUUUUAAUACACUAUUUAUUUUAUGAUUUAAUUAACUGAAUAGUUGUUAUUUUUUGUCAUUAAUAAAAAAAUUUAGUUAUGUCUCUUAUAUAUAACUCUCUAAUAUAUUUUCAAAACUGCCAUGAAUAAAAUUUCAUUGCAGAUUGUACAUCCUGUUGAUGUAAUGGUAAGGAACAGUCUUAAAUUUCUAAGGCGUGCAGAGCUUAUUCAUCAAAUUUAGCCAAGGGUCUAAUUUUUUUUAAAUUUAUUUAUUAGCGCUAUUUGGAUUUUAUUUCGAUUUGGUUCAUUCAAAGAAAAAAAUAUUUUAUCUAAAUCAAGAUAUUCAAUUUUAAAAUUGAUAGUUCACACAUUUUAAAAAAAAAAUUUUUCUUUACAAAGUAGAGGUUGUCAUUACCUUCAUUUCCAAAAUUCCAUCAUUCCCAAAAAAGAGUAAAUGUAUUAGAAUUUUCCAUUUGCACAGUUUUAUCAUUUAAUUACAUUGGAUAGCUUCUUUUGGCUCUAUUUAGACACAUCAAAAGGGGCCAUUCAAAUAUUACAUAAGCUAAAAUAUAGAGGGCAAAGGUUUAACUUAUUUUGAUAAACAGGGCAGAGGUGGAUAAACUUAUUUUUGCUGAAAAAGGGAAAGGGGAGGUCUGAACAAUUCUUAAGUUAUUAAAAUCCUUUUAUUUUAAUUUUUUUUGUAAAAAGCAAACUAAAAAUGUGAAUGGCUGGGCGCAAGCUUCUUGAUUAGAUAACCUCGAAAAAAUGACUUGUCAC